AUGGCUGGUACCUUCUUACCAGGGCUCAACUCUCCAAAUCCUCAUUAUAUCCCAGGGUACACUGGACAUUGCCCCUUCCUGAGGUUCAGCAUGGGCCAGACCUACGGGCAGGUGACUGGUCAGCUACUCCGAGGCCCUCCUGGUCUAGCCUGGCCACCUGCCCGACGCUCACUUCUGCCACCCAUUCAGCCCCCAAGGUCUCCCACGGUCCUUGCAGGCAGCCUGCCUCUUGGGCAUGGUCGCGGAAGGCUCAGCUCCAGUAUGAUCCCCGGGUACACAGGGUUUGUACCCCAGGCGCAAUUCAUCUUUGCCAAGAACUGCAGCCAGGUCUGGGCUGAGGCCCUGAACAGCUCAGCUCAGUGGAAGGGGAGUCCAGAGCUGCCCCAGCAGGUGGCCAAGGGAGAAACAGAAACAGAGAAAGACCAGGAGCCUGCACUGGAGCCAGGGGCAGAGAGGCCGCCGGAGCCCGAGCAGGCAGCAGAACAAGCUUCUCCCUACUCCAUGGAUGACACAGAUCCUCAGAAGUUCUUCAUGUCAGGAUUCACUGGCUACGUGCCCGGGGCCCGCUUCCUCUUCGGCUCCAGCUUUCCUGUGCUCACCAAGCAGGCGCUGCAGGAAUUUGGGCGGAAGCACUCUCGGGGCAGCGCCCUGAAGGGUCCUAACCCUCUCCCCCCACUGCCCAGGACCUACUCUCAGAACAAGGCUCUUCUGCCCCACUAUGGGGGCUAUGUGCCGGGGUAUAAGUUCCAGUUUGGUCACACAUUUGGGCAUCUCACCCAUGAUGCUCUGGGCCUCAGCACUUUGCAGAAGCAGCUCCUGGCUUAG